AUGCCACCAUAUCCCCAUUAUUCAAUCCCCAAAGGCGUCUACGCUAUCCCCGAUGAUGAAAUAGAUCUCCGAUCGGACGCCGAGGUAGAUGACACCAUCAACAGUCUCCGUCCCGUCACAUCGCCUAAAAACAUCUGGUUCUUCUGGAACUCUAGAUAUGAAAAUUUGCAUCCAUACGCCAAGCGCAAUGUUCGCGCUUGGCAUCGUCGCUUGUCAAAGAAGGGAUGGGAGAUCCGCGUUGUUGACCUCGAUCCGAAAUCUGCUGGUUACAUUGGCAACUGGAUCGAUCUGGAGGAUCCGACUGUUGUGCCUGAAGCUUUCAAAAAUGGGACUCUCGACGGCGAAUUUGCCAAGCAGCAUUACUCCGAUCUAGUCCGAUUCCCUCUACUGGUACGAUAUGGCGGCGUCUACACGGAUGUUGGGUUCAUGCAGAUCGGAGAUCUCGACAGACUGUGGAACGAAACCGUCGCAAAUGCCGACAGCCCAUACGAAGUGCUAUCAUACAACGCUGACGGCCCUCGAAGCUACAGCUUGUUGAACUAUUUUAUCGCCAGUCUUCCCGAAAACGCUUUUUGGCAAGCUUGCCAUAGCCUGCUGCUGAAGCUGUGGGAGGGAAAGACCAAUACCGAGGGUCUAUACAAACAUCCGCUCAUCAAGGUAAUUCCCUUACUGGGAGAGACCUUUACUGCUGCCGGACACGAGGAGAUCAGUCGGCGUCUUACCGACUAUAUCAUUCAGGGCCAGGUCAUCACUAUGGUCAUGAGCACUGUCGACGAAGAACGAGGUUGGGAUGGACCGGAGUACACUUCAACAAAGAUCUUUGCUCCCGAGUACAUGGUCGGAAGCCAGCUCAUCAACGAAUACACAAGCUGGAAUGGCCCCAGGGCGUUUGAACUGAUGAGUCUCAAGCUCCCUGAACCCGGGCAGCCGGAAUCGGAUGAUCAGAAGUUGGCUAGAGAGAUUGUGGAAAACUGCCUGUCCAGAAGUUUCGGCUUCAAGUUGGCCCACGGUUUGAUCGUGCAGGUUCUUGGAGAAACACUGGGAAGUUUGUGGAGGAAGAAUGUGGGAAGUGAUGAUGUUGAGGGAACUUACGCUCACUGGUUGAGAUAUGGAAUCGAGAGGUGGAAUCAGUUCGAGUUGCCCACGCCUGAGGCGUUUGAGAAGUUGGAACCGGUCAAGAGAGGUCCACUACUGGGCUAG